AUGGCGUCUGCAAUGCCAGCACCUGCUGAACAGGCCCAGCUGAGACCCUCUUUUGCAAAAGUCGCGGCUUCCGCCCUCAAGUCCCAAGCUUCAAAAGACGCUGCCCCCAAACCCCGGCCACCGGUCGCAACACCCAGGGUAUCGGUCCACGCGCAAAAAGCGCGUUCCAUGUCUGCCUCUGGCAAUGGCGAGGCCGCCAAGGGGGUGGUUGGCCACAACGCAAAUGGCAAAGUUACUCAGCCUGAUGGCAGUCCAGCGGGUCAAGCAGUCCAGCCAGUCGAACCCACUUCGCUAUCGUCUGCCGUGCAGCCACCCGAAGUGAAAACGGACGGUCGAGACGGACCGCAGUCGGCCACGAUUGUGAAGGUCGCUGCUGCAGAAGACAGUAGCACACAACUAUCUUCUUCAGAUGGCUCUGGAAAGCCUCCUAGCAUCGAUGGCAAGAGCGUCGCUUCGGGCACAACCUUUGCUCUCGACGAGAAGGAGUCGCUUAGACCAGAUGAUAGCGCUAGCCUCCGUGCAGUCGAGGAAGAGGACAUCACCUCUCCCCCAGAGUCGGUCAUUGCAGACUCUCGACAGGGUUCUGACAACGGCGCCGCCCGUGCGUUCCGCGACCAGCUCCAUGAGAUUGCAGUCAUGAACCCUCAGCCUCAUCGCGGUGUUCCCCCAGGCCGAUUUCCCAACCUGCCCAACAGUUCGCAAACCCUAUAUGACCCCAGUCAGUCGGCGAACGGAGCAAGGCCCAUCUCCCAGCCAUUGGUUAAUGGGCCGCCAAACAUGCCUGCCAUUCCAGACGAGAAGUUACUGGAAGCGCUCCAAUCCCCUCGCGAUCGCUUGUUUGUGGUCAAAAUCGAACAGGACUUUAUCGAUUUCAUCAAAGACUCGCGUGAAAGCGAAUACUCUCUGCCCAACUGCAAUACCUUCUACAGGAUGCUCGCUCAUCGUCUUGCUGAUUAUUACCUGCUGGGCCACGUCGUUGAUAACACAAUGACCGGCGUGAAAAUUACGCGCACACCAUACUGUAGAAUCCCUCCUCCUGUCUCACAAAUGGUCGACCCUGCAAAGGGCAACAGUACGCCCCCGGUGGAACUUCCUGCUCGCAAGAUUAUGCGUCGCGAUGAUGGUAAAUCGGGAACGAAUACGACAGCCAACUCGCAGAAUCCCUCCAAGACCACCUCCGAGAUGGGUGGCAGUGAGGGAAGUAACGAUGGUACGGACGGCAAGGAGAAGGGCGCCCUCACGCGUGAAGAACGCGAAGCUCGCUACCGCGAAGCUCGAAAGCGCAUCUUUGGCGAGAAGAGCGAGGAGAACGAGACAGCUGAGGGGACUGGAUCAGGGGAAGAGAAUGAUAAGAAAGAUAUCUCGAGGUCAAGCUCGGCGUCUGGAAAGAAGAAGGCCGUUAGGAAACAGCGAAACUAUGACGACGACGACUUCCAAGCUCGAUCCCACUUCAACGCAUACUAUCCGCAGCAAUACCCGGUGCCCGGCUAUCAGGGAGACAGUGUAGUCUACUACAACGGCUUUCCGGGCCCCGCACCAAACGCGCAGUACACAGGCAUGAAUGUUGCUGCAUCUCCGCCACCAUCCUACAGCGCACCAUACCCUACCAUGAUGUCGCCGGACAUGCAGUCACAGUCACAAUACGGUUGGAAUCAUCAGCAGUACCCGCCUCCCAACAAUUCAAUGAUGUACCCUGGCUGUGGGCAGGGGCAGAAUGGAUAUGAUCUCUCGGCGGACUUUCAGCGUGGCAUGUCAUCGUUUCAGAACGCAGGCAUGGCUUCGCAGGUUACACCGAAGAUGGCCAAUCCACAGAUGGCCCCGUAUCAAGACAACUACCAGCAUCCUCAACACGCGCCCAUGACCUCAGGCUGGCCCCAGGCCCCUCAGCAGCCCUCGUACCCAAUGGCACCGACUUCUGGCAAUCGACCCAUGUCGGCACCACACCAACCGCCAAUGCCCGGGCCAUACCCGUACCCAUACCCACCCAAUGGUUACAAUGGGAAGCCGAAUCGCAACCAACAUCCUGUUCCUGGUAGUUACACACGGCCUCAAUUCAAUCCGGCAACGCAGUCCUUCAUCCCGCAUGGUGUCCCCUCAUACAUGGGCCACGGUCCUCCCCAGAUGCCUGGCUACGGUGUCUUUCAAGGCCCAAACCAGAAUUCCAUAAAUGCCCAAAUGCCUCGACAAAGUCCGUCGGCCAACUCGACGCCGUCAUUCGGGUCUCCUCAGAGCAUGCAGGGCAACAGUGCAGGCUCAUCGAUGAACAGGAUUGCCUCGCAGCCCGGCGAACAGUCUGGGCUACAGAACAGCAUCGCCAAGUACGGAACGCCUUCGCACCUGCCUCCUAAGCCACCUGCUCCUGCUCCGGUUCAGCAGUCGGUGCCCAAAUUCGCUCUGCCCUCGAUGACACGGGUCCCCAGCAACAUGUCCAACGGCAUGGUCAGCAAUGGCCAGCCGAAUCCGAAUAAUCCAUCGCUCAAUUAA